AUGGCCAAGUCUGCUCUACCUAUUGAUGACUUCCAUACAAAUAUUGACGAUGAGCAACUUGAAAUUUUCUGUCUUAUCUGGCUUGAUGAUAAUAUCAGCGCUAAAGAUAAUCGGGAUACAGAACAAAAAUUACGUUCUAUUAUUAAUCGUCUGAAGAAGUUUCAAGAUGUAGAACAAUGUCGAAAAUAUAUUGAACAAAGAUCACAAAAUGAUCGACUAAUAAUGAUUGUUAGUGGUCGAUUAGGACAAAAAAUAGUUCCUUCUGUUCACAAAAUUCAACAAAUUAUAUCAAUCUAUGUGUAUUGCAUGGAUAAGGAAACAAAUAAACAAUGGACUAGAAAUUUUGCAAAAAUAAAAGCUGUUGUUGUUGAAAUUGAUGAACUCAUCACUCGAAUUAAAGCUGAUCAUAAAAUUCAGAAAAUUGUAGAACAACCAUUGUCAAUUAAUAUUUUCACUACAGGUUCCAGUGCAGGUGAAUCAACAAGUGGUGUAAAUGGUAAAUUCGUUUUUUCACAGGUUCUUAUUGAUUGUCUUUUACGACUUAAAUCUACGCAAGCAGAUACCAAAGAAUUAAUUAAGUUUUGUAAAAAUGCAUAUGAAGGUAAUUAUGAAGAGCUAAGCAAUCUUAGUGAAUUUGAAAAUGAUUAUUUACCCAACAAAGUCUUAUGGUGGUACACACGAGAGUCAUUUUUUUACAAGACUCUCAAUGCAGUUUUGCGCACCGAAAAUAUUCAUAUGAUUUUUUUGUUUCGUCGAUUUAUCUCUGAUAUUCAAGGUCAAUUGAAAUUUCACCAAGCUAACAAUUCUCUAAAAGUUUAUCGAGGACAAAGGAUAUCAAGUGAUGAACUAAAAACUUUGAAAAAAUGUCGUGAUCAGUUUAUUUCGGUGAAUUCAUUUUUCUCUACAACUACUGAUAAUCAAAAAGCCCUUUCAUUUCUUAAUGCUCCUGAUAAUACUAACAAGUUAGAACCAGUAUUAUUUGAAAUCUUUGCUGAUCCUAAGGUAGCAACUACAAAACCAUUUGCUGAUAUUAGUGCAUACAGCGCAUUUCCUGAAGAAUCAGAAAUACUCUUUAUGCUGGGCUCUAUUUUUCGUUUGGACAGCAUUGAUUACCGCAAUGAUGAUCAAGUAUGGUUUAUCCGAAUGACUUUGUGUAGUGAGAAAGAGCAUGCUUUAAAAAAUGUUCUCAUAUAUAUGAAGCAACAACUUGGAAGUGGCGAAACAAAUCUUCGAAUAUUAGGAAAAGUAUUAUCAGAGAUGGGAAAAUUUGAUUUAGCUGAACAAUACUUUACACGUUUAUUAAAACAACUUCCACCAAACCAUCCUUCCCAUGGCGAUUUGUACGAGGAUCUUGGUAAAAUCGCAUCAAAUACCGGUGAUUAUGAUAGAAGCGUGCAGUGGCAUCAAAAAUCACUUGCACUCAAAAAUCCGAAUAAUGAUAACGAACGUAGCAAUUCUGUUGUACCACUACGUGCAAGUUCUACUAAUAUUCCUCUAAAUGCAAAAUGGAAACAGAAUGGUACUACUGUGGCUGGAGGAAAUGGAGAAGGCAGUGGAAUCAAUCAACUCUAUUUCCCAUGUGGUUUGUAUGUCGAUGAUAAUCAAACAAUUUAUGUUGCUAAUGCUUCAAAUAAUCGUAUUGUGAAAUGGAAAUGUGGUGCAACGAAUGGAAAAGUGGUUGCCGGCGGAACUGGCGAAGGAAAUGGAACUCAUCAGUUAAACAGCCCAACAGAUGUGAUUGUUGACAAAGAGACAAAUAGUCUCAUAAUCAGCGAUACCGACAAUAAACGGGUAGUUCGAUGGCCACAUCAAAAUGGUACUAGUGGAAAAACAAUCAUUUCGAAUAUCUCAUGCAUCGGUUUGACAAUGGAUAACAAUAGAUCUCUUUAUGUCGUUGACCGUGAUGAACAUGAAGUGAGACAAUAUAAAAUUGGUGAUUCAGAAGGAACAGUGGUUGCAGGUGGCAACGGAGAAGGAAAUCGUUUAGAUCAACUCUCUGGUCCCACCUACGUAUUUUUCGAUCGAGAUCAUUCAUUAUACGUGUCGGAUUAUUAUAAUCAGCGUGUGAUGAAAUGGGAAAAGGGUGCAAAACAAGGUAUUGUCGUAGCCGGUGGCCAAGGACAAGGAAAUAGUCUUACACAAUUGUCACAUCCUGAAGGAAUCGCUGUCGACAAACUGGGUACUGUCUAUGUGGCUGAUUCUUGGAAUCAUCGAAUCAUGCGUUGGUCAAAAGGAGCCACAAAGGGAAGUGUGAUUAUUGGAGGAAACGGUCCAGGAACACAGUCAGAUCAACUGAAUUCUCCCAUGGGUUUAUCAUUCGAUCAACACGGUAAUCUCUAUGUCGUCGAUAACGGAAAUCAUCGAGUACAGAAAUUUAAUAUAGAAUGA